CAGGAUAUACUAUCUAACGAGGAGAAAAUUCAAAGCAAUAGUAUGGAGAUAACACAGAAAGAAGACAAUAAUCUUAAUCCAAGUCCCACUAAUAUGGAAAUUAGUUUCACAAAACCUGCAGGUGAUUUGACAGAUAAGAGGAGAAAAACGAAAGCUAACAAGUCAACUGCUCCUAAAGAUAUUGCUGAUAUACCUCGCCUAAAAAGAAGAACCUUACCACUACUUGAGAACAAUAGAAGUAAAGAAAAUAUCCUUUGUGAUACCAAGAAAUCUUCAGGUCAUGGUGAGGUGAAGUCCACAACAAGAAAAGUAGCAACUACAGAAAUGCAAAUAGAGACAGGAGUUCACAGUACAGAACAGAAAGAAAAUAUCCAAAACAUGAUCUUUGAGCAAAUUCUUCAAAGACUCAAUGCGAUAGAGCUAUGGCAGAAUUUGGUGUUAGUAUGGGCUGCACAAGAAGGUUUCGAUUUGGUUGGGUUGACAGAGACUAAUAUACAAGAGCGUACAGGAAAGUUCUUAAUGAAAGAUAAAGACAAUUAUCGAGGAAUUUGGGCUGGUGCAGACAUGAACAAAUCUAAAGGCUCAGGUGUAGGGUUACUUAUUAGCAAAAGAUUAGAGAAAUAUAUUGGAAAA